AUGAUGGAUCUUGAUUCCUUAAUGGAGGAGCUCAAGUCCGGGUCCUCGGACUUGGCGAGACUUCUUCGGCGGUUACAAGGAUUUGACAAAGAUACACAGCGACUGCGGAUCUGUGUGGCGUUGAUAGACCAGAUCCUCCCGGUUUACAGAGUGGUUGACUCGGAGGUUCGUGCGCUCGCGGUUGAUUUACUCUGUUGUAGGGUUGGAAUCAGUCAAUUGCUCGUGAAAACAAGAGAGACUGUCAACGAGAAUAGCAGCGACUUGCUGGCGGAUAUUGUCAGCUCACCUAAAUUUGACGGAAUAUUGGGAAACGAGCGAGAAUUCUCAGAACUACGAGGACUUUUAACAGUGAGAGUGAUGGAGACGCUCAAUCGCGCGUCAUUGGAAUUGCACAGCGGCAGAAUAUCCACGGUAGCAGAUCUGUAUCCAGAAUGGCUCUUGGAGAUUGCGCUGCGAAACAAAGUGGAUUGGAGAUUUAUCAAUUCGUGCUUGCGAAUGAAGAAGGUGGACUAUUUUAGAAAAGAGGUGUUUCUUUCGUUGGUUGAGAGGUUUAACAGGAAGCCAGAUUACACGUUUUUGCAGCAGCUGCUCCAUUCCGUUGAUGGUGGCAUUGACGAGUCGAACGCUGCUGGUUUUCUGGAGCUGCUCAAGAUUCUUAAUAUAAACGACUGGCCGUUGGUUGCAAGCAUGGUUACCAAAUCGCCGGUGCACACACAGAAAGUGGUUACCAGACUCAUGACUAAUGCAGAACUGGUGCUGGAAAAACAGCUAUCCCUGUUUGCUCUCAAAUCGUACAUCCAACAGACCCCGAUAGGUGAGCAAGAACGGCUCACAAAUUUUGUGCUUCUGCUGCUGAUGCGACUAGACAAUGCCCAAGUAAUGGACAUUUCGACUCGUCCAGUCUUUCUGAACGCUAUUAGCAACCAUCUGGAAUCAAACACCAACAAAAUACGGUUCCUGGGCAUGUGCGUUGGCGACGUGGUUUAUCAACGACUCAACGGAAAACCCAUGUUUAAUAUCGAUGAACACAACAGAGACAGAGACAAUUUGAUGGCCAGUUUGGAAAAACCAAUUGCCGAUUGUUCAUUGGAAGAGGCGUUCGUGCUGGUUCGCCAAAAGUCCACACAGCUCCAGACUCUCGCGCAAGAGCACAUAAUAAUCAAACCGACACCGGUGACGAUCGACUCCGACCCAGAAGAUUCCGAUGACGAUACCGUCCCGCCUAGAAAAACCGUUCCGAACCCAGUGUACCUGAAGGAAGUGGUUUCCUACUUGCAGGCCGAGUCGCAGACCGACCAGCUGGCCUUUGAGAAACACCAGGCCGUGUUCAAGAUCUUGGCUCCACUGGUGCGCACCAAGCUCCACUCGCAAGAGCUUGAGUUCUAUAGCGAGUCGCUGCUGGACCUUAUCCUGGGACUACCAAACACCUACAAGUUUGAGGAGUUUGAGUCGUGGCGGCUUUCGUGCUGUAUUGCUAUUUGUGUUGGGGACUUUGAGCAAGCCACUGGAUUCUUGAUCAAAUGUUUUGUGACUGGCGAUUUGUCGCUCAACAAACGGAUAUUGAUUCUCAGUUGUUUGAGCCUGACUGCUCGUGAACGGUCCGGAAUAGACGACUCGUUCAUUGCAGGCAAAGAUCCAGUCCCCAACGUGGGAGCACAGAAACUUCCCGAACAUAUCCAUCAGCAGUUCCUCAAAUACGAGCAGGAGCCUGGCGAAACGAAAAAGGAGCUUAAAAAUAUCUCUGAUGGCCUGGAAACACUCCAACUGACAGGAACAGUGACACGGAUAUCAGCUCGUUUAACCAACAAGAAACCAGUGAAAACCAAAGAUACAAAAUUCAUCAACAACCAAUUGCCCAAAAUGUACUUUCUUUUGGUCUCUGUUUGGCAGUUUGUCGACUCCAAGACGCAGUCUGGGUUCCAAGUCGGCAGCUUCUCGGCGAUACUUAAUGCCCAUUUUUUGAAAACGCUGGCUCUUAUCCUGGACUGUGGCAUUCCUUCGUCGAUCCAAGUGCUGGACAUGAUCCGCGAACUUACGUUGGUGCUUAUUCAACAGUUGAAACAGCUGCUGGUCACCUACGAGAACCUUGUGAUGGAAGCAGUGGUGACCUGUUUGCAGACUAUUCUACAAUACGACGGUGGCCUAUUACAGCAAACGCUUUUCAGUCAGUUUCAAACUAUACAGGAAUGUCUGGUAAUCAUUUUGAACAACAACCAGCUGGACGAGCAAGUCGUCAACAACUGCAGAAUCAUCCUUGGACAAUUAGAUAGAAUCACUCCUCAAUUGUGA